AUGAGUCUAUCAGGAGAGAAUCCAAAAAAAUACUCAGUGAAGUCACGGAAUAACUCGAAACAACGGAACAAACAAUUCAUUUGGAAGACUAUUAUCACAGUAGCAGUGCAGAUUAUAAAUUUAUGGGUAAUAUGCGCCAUCGUCUUACCUGUUAAUACACUUAAGGAGUGGAUGACGGACAAUCCCUGGUUUUCCUGGCUAUUUGGAUUUCUGGGAACACUUCUUCAACUCGAGAUGUUUUUUAUACCGCAAUUUCAGUUUGCAUUCCCAUACAAUUAUAUCAUCUUGAUAAUUGCUACAAUAUUGAUUGGGUUUCCCACAGCUCUACCACUGAUCACUGUUGCCUUCUGGUGGACAUUUGUCACAUGGAUAAUUACCAUGACUAUUACAGCGAUUGUUGUGACCGCCAGUGUGUUUAAGAGAUUCGACAUGCUUAGAAGUUUUGUGAGGCUGAUAAUUACCACAUUCACUUUGGAAUUACUAUAUUGUCUAGCAUUCUUCCCAUUCAUCCAUUUCAAACAAUAUGAUAUACUCAUAAUGGUUUGCGGAUUUGGUAUGAUGAUCACCAUUAUUUGGGAGAUGGCACUCAUUUGUGACUUGCUUAUCUCCAAUAUUUUAAACGCUUAUUAUUUGAAUAUGGCGGGUGAAAUUGAUCAAGAGUUCAAUGAAGAAUGUAUUAUUGAACAUAAUCGUCUACGGGCUUUACAUGGAUGUCCAGAUUUAAUACUCGAUGAAGAAUUAGCUGUGGAUGCACAAAGAUAUGCAGAACAUUUGGCGAGUAUUAGUGAACUUGAACAUUGUACAGAUACAGAUGCUGGAGAGAAUUUAGCCUUCUACACAUGUAGUACUACUGCUGAGAAAGGAGAUUUUACAGGUGUUGACGCCACAAAGUCAUGGUAUCAAGAAAUAGAAGAAUACGAUUUCAAUAAAGAAAAUCAAUUUUCUUGUGGACAUUUUACACAAGUUGUCUGGAGGUCGACAUUACGAGCUGGAUUUGGUAGAGCAUUUUCAAAGGAUCAUCGAAGUGUUUAUGUGGUUGGUCGAUAUGAUCCACCUGGAAAUUAUUCCCUAGAGUUUGGAAAAAAUGUUCCACCAUUAAUUCAUUGUUAG